AUGGCUACUCAGCUAACACUGUAUUGUGUCAAGGAAGGCGAAAGCCUUUACGACGCCUUCCCUAUCGAGCUCUCUUCAAACCUCAAAGUGGAUGCGCUCAGGGAUGAGCUCAAGAAAAAGAAAGCACCUGAAUUUGACAAUGUUGCUGCUAACACGCUUGCCCUCUGGCAAGUCUCGAUACCAAUCUUCCAAGAUGCUGAUGAUACUCCAAUCGUUCUCGAUAAUGUCCCAAGCAAGAAGAGGCUUUUACCUACAUCAACACUUUCUGAAGCGCUUGGAGAAGAAGAAGAAGCAAGAGAAACGAUUUGCGUCAUUUUCCAUUCAACACGCAAUGGUACUGAUACAGUGGUCAUCAAAAGUCAUUCAAUGAAUUAG